AAGACACCCAACCGCAGUCCAUAGUCCUAUUUCCCCCAUCUCGCCUGUUCUUCUUCUUCCCCUCUCCCAAGCAAACGAGAAGGAUCAAUGGCCGCUCUGAUCACGAGGCUGCUCCACCACCACAACUGCCGCCUCCUCGCCACCGCGGCGGAGGCCUCCGCUCGUCGCCUGCCGCGCGCUCCCCUUGGCGGCGCCAUCUACAAGGAUGUUGCAAAGGCUGAAGCAUCCUCUUUAAAAAAUUCAAGGUGGUACAUGACCAAGUCAAGCCCUUUUAGUCCUCUGACAAUGCAGGAGUACCGCAAAACAUUUCCUUCUUUAUUAAGGUCAUCUGCAUCUUACUCCUCACAAGCUUCAGACCAAAAUCCCAAAGAGGAGAAAAAGGACUUGUCAACUGUUGGAGAUCCCUUCGAUGCCCCUACAUACAAUAUACCUGAGAAACCGGUGACUUUUGCUGAGGGGGCUUCUUACAGUGUUGUAAUACUCGCGGGGCUUGGAGUUGCAGCAUUAGCUGGAUAUUCUGUUUUCAAGGAGCUUAUUUUUGAACCAAAAGAGUACAAGAUCUUUGGGAAAGCUCUAGCAAGAGUUCAGAGUGAUAGUCAGGUUACAGCGAGAAUUGGGUACCCUAUUACUGGUUAUGGUAAUGAAAGCAGAAACCGUGCAGCCCGACAGCGUAUUCCAAACAGGGUUUGGACAGAUGAGGACGGUGUUGAACAUGUGGAGGUCAACUUUUACAUCCGAGGUCCGCAUGGAGCUGGAAAGGUAUAUUCAGAGAUGUUCAAAGAUAACUCUGACAGGACAUGGAAGUUCAUGUACCUUCUUGUUGAGUUUACAGCAUCGCUACAGGGACAAGUAAUGUUAGAAUCUUACAUACCAGCGUAAGGAUGCUUGAGACCAUAGUUGCUAGGAACCUUUGGUAAUAUGGGUCAAGGAACUGGGUACCAGGACGCGGGUCGCCACCUCUUCAGGUAGAGCUGUGGCGAACUUCUAUACAUUUUUAUUACUAGUGCAGUACAAUUUUUUUAGAACAUUGUUGAAAGCCGUUCAUGCCUGAUCACUGGAUGUUUUCCUUGCGUGUACUCACCCGACGUCAUGUUAAUUGUCUAGACUUGCAUGUGCUACCUACUGUAAAAUUAUAGAACAUGAUAUCCGAUGCUCUUUCUAUGAUUGGAGUAGUUGUGGAAUUAAAUUAUUCUGAAAA